UGACUUACUGCUGAUUCACGUUUUGGUUAUAUGUUAUUGUUUUCUAGACAAUAAACAGGAAUGAAAUGUAAUAAUUUGUGCCUAACUAAAGACAUUUACGAUAUUUUUUAAAUACCAGUUAAUCAUAAGGUUUUCAAAAUGAAGUGGCAAGUGAUUUUAUUCGCUUGCUUGUGCUUUUUGAAUGCGUUCGAGUGCAAACAUUAUCGGGGGAAACAUUGGCGGGAAAAUGCGAAUGAGGUGACGAUGAGCCCACGCUAUAGGGAGGGCCCUCCGGACCAUACCAAGUUAAUUGCUAUGGCCAGAUAUGUUUUACACAACGCUGGCUGGGCAUCCUUAGCCACCAUAUCAGUUUUACCAGCCAUUGAAGGGUUCCCGUUCUCAAACGUGAAAUCCAUCGUGGAUGGAUCCCUAGCCAACUCGACUGGUAUACCUUACUUCUACAUGUCACCUCUGGAUUUCAGCGCUAAGGAUUUAUCGAAAAACAGCCGUGCCACUGUCCUCGUGUCACUUGAAGAAACGAGAUACUGCGAGAAUCAGAAAAUUGACCCGGAAGACCCGCGCUGCACCAGGCUCAUGCUGUCAGGAAAGAUGAAGAAGAUACACGAGAACACAGCGGAAUACGUGUUUGCAAAGGGCGCGUUGUUCGAGAGGCAUCCGUCUAUGGCCGACUUCCCUCCGGACCACAACUGGUUCGUAGCUAAACUGAAGAUAGCUCAAAUCGCCAUGGUUGAUUGGUUCGGCGGCGCCAAGUACAUCCCUGUUCGCGAUUACUUAGCGUACAACUACACUGGCAGAGAAAUGAUGGAGUACCAUAGUGAACGUUUGAGAAAAGCUGUAGCUGAAGAACUAGGCUACUUACCUUCAACCGUGAACUUCAAACUCGAGAAAAAAGUUGUGGGGUAUUAGUGAGUCAACCUCUUUACAUAAAGUUUUUUUUAAGAGUGCAUAGACAACUCUUUACUGGUGAAUAGGUUAUACAUAUAUUUUCGUAGUUUUUGCAUCCUUGUUAAGAAGAAUUCUCAAUAAUUGACUGAAAAUCAGACGACAAUAUUGUUCUUUUUUAUAGUAAUGUUAUGAUAUCAAGCUGUGAUAUAUAAACAAUGAAAACAAAGUUGUAUUCGUACCUACCUAUACAUAUCUACUUAUGCAAUAAAGAUAUCAAGCUAAGCUUUGUUAUUAAAUAAAAUCAUAACAGUAACAA